UCUUGCAGCUCGUUACAACCAAACAGAUCCAACUGCAGAGGACAACAUGGCUGUCGCACCAGAUUCUAGGAAUCAACUCUUUUUGUUUAAGGAAACUCGACUGAUUCUCAUCGGCAAAACAAGAUCAGGUAAAAGUUCCACCGGGAAUACUAUCAUCGGACAACCAACUUUCGAAGUAGGGUGUUCAGUCUCUUCGGUAACAAAACCAUGCCAACACGCCAUGUUUGAGAGAUUCGGGAGGGAUAUUUUACUGCUUGACACUCCUGGUUUCUUUGAUACUCGAGCAAGUCAGAGAUGUAUAGAAGAAGAACUAAAGAAGAGUGUCCUCCUCACCUCUCCUGGAGUGCACGCCAUUCUGUUUGUGAUUGGUGUGGGAAGGUUCACUGAAGAAGAGGUAACCUCUGUGGAAAGAUUUCUGACGUUUUUUGGAGACAAGUCUAAGCGUCAUGUGAUCGUCAUAUUCACUAGGAAAGAUGAUCUUGAGAGGUCUGAGAAGUGUCUGAAUUACUUCAUCGACUCCAACGAGAAGCUGAAGACUUUCAUCAAUAAAACUGGGAGGAAUUACAUUGCAGUUAACAACGACUCGACUGUGGACAAUGAAGAGUUUGUGCAGGAGUUACUGGAGCUGGUAGACACACUUGCAAGGCAGAAUGGAGGUCACUUCACAAAUAAGAUGUAUCAGGAAGCUGAGAGUCAAAUGAAGAAGAUUGAGGGGAUAGAGCUGGACAAACUGAUGGUAGAAAACCAAACAUCUGAUCAGAAGAUCAUUGAUGAUGGUGUUCGGGAAUACAGUUGGACACUUUCUGGCUACUCCGAGUCCCAAAAGGAACUUCUGCAGUCAAGGAAACGCAAGGCACUCCAGGAUGAAUGUCGCAGGAUCCAUGAAAGGGAAGCCAGAAGAAAUGCCAGGGAUAAUUUUGACAUUUCUGACAACAGGUGGAAAAUAUUGGCAGGGACAGUUGCAGUUGCUGUCGGGAUAGCUUUGAGUGUUGUCCUAGGCCCUGGAGGGAUGGUGGCUGGACUAGCCCUACUUCUUGGUUGAAAGUAAUACAGCUAAUCCGGUGGGAACUAUUCUUCAAAUGUAUCCUUCAUCUUGACAGGAACCAUGCUUCAAAUGCAUCUAUCAUCUUGACGGGAACUAUGCUUCAAAUGCAUCUAUCAUCUUGAUGGGAACCAUGCUUCAAAUGCAUCUAUCAUCUUGACGGGAACCAUGCUUCAAAUGUAUCUAUCAUCUUGACGGGAACUAUGCUUCAAAUGUAUCUAUCAUCUUGAUGGGAACCAUGCUUCAUAUGUAUCUAUCAUCUUGACGGGAACUAUGCUUCAAAUGUAUCUAUCAUCUUGACGGGAACCAUGCUUCAAAUGUAUCUAUCAUCUUGAUGGGAACCAUGCUUCAAAUGUAUCUAUCAUCUUGAUGGGAACUAUGCUUCAAAUGUAUCUAUCAUCUUGAUGGGAACCAUGCUUCAAAUGUAUCUAUCAUAUUGAUGGGAACCAUGCUUCAAAUGUAUCUAUCAUCUUGAUGGGAACCAUGCUUCAAAUGUAUCUAUCAUCUUGAUGGGAACCAUGCUUCAAAUGUAUCUAUCAUCUUGACGGGAACUAUGCUUCAAAUGUAUCUUUCAUCUUGACGGGAACUAUGCUUCAAAUGUAUCUAUCAUCUUGACGGGAACUAUGCUUCAAAUGUAUCUAUCAUCUUGAUGGGAACCAUUCUUCAAAUGUAUCUAUCAUCUUGAUGGGAACACCGUUAACGGUUAACAAUCAUUGAAGAAAUGGUCGAUUGCCUGACAACUAUCCCGGACCCUUAUCAUUGUGUCCCAUGUUUUCUUUAUGUUACAGUGAGUGAGUUUAGUUUUAUGCCGCUUUAAGAAAUGUUCCAGCAAUACCACGGCGGGGUACACCAGAAAUGGGCUUCACACAUUGUACCCAUGUGGUUAAUCGUGACGAUGGAAAGCUUCAGCCACUCUGCUACCCCACCACCCGUUUAUGUUAUACCGGAAUGUAGUCCAACAAAGUUGAGUAAAACCUGCUUGUCAAUAUAACUGUUGUUUCAUAGUGAAAGUUUGGUCCUUGUGUACUCCACACAAGGUGUUUGUAAGUUCUUCAUGUUUAGUGUGUAUCAUCUACUGAUUGUCUAUUAAAACUGGCUUUAGCUUUGA